UAAAUGCACAGAAUGGACAUAAGACUCCUAGAUUGAUCAUAGAUUUUAGGGAUUUCUUCAAGCAGAAAAUAUCUGAUACGGUUUACUUUUUUUUUUUUUUUUUAACUUUAUUUUCGCCUUAUAUUUAUUGCUGCUUGCUUUACGCUGACAGACCCGAUGAAUAUUUCAGGGCCCCGAGAACUGCGCAUCGGUUACUGCACUCGGUUUAUCGCCCUGUUUUAUCUGAAAUGAAAACCUGCUGGAAAUUUCACACGUCUUCCUCUUCUGAUGUGAAGGAAAGUAGCGAAAUGAAACUCCACGCAUCCUUCUGUUAAUCCCCACGUGCUUUAGGUGACAAUUUCACAUCCCCGUGAUGUUCCACAAACCAAACAAAGCAAUAAAUAAAUAAAUAAAUAAAAAAGCCCCGAAACUUUAUACAGCCCAUGAAUAAAACAUGGACCCGAGUCCCAGAAGGCCGAUCACCCGAAGCCUCUGAGCUGUACAAGCGGUGAAAGGCGACAUAAUCUCUCCGGUACAAGAUCACGGCCGAGAUUUGAACGGACAAAACGAGAGGGACCACAAUAAGGGAUGAGUGCAAUGGACGCGGCGGUGCGGUGAAAAGAAAGCAGAAAAAAGAGAAAACAGCAGGGUUCACGAAAGAGCGAGGACAUCAUGGAGAGCGGCCACGGCCUCGCGCGCGUCAUCCAGCAGCUGCAGGAUGAAAUCAGGAAGCUGGAGACGGAGAACAAGGCGCUGCGCGGGCAACUCAGCCUGCCGCUCACUGAGACAUCACCUACCGACUCUGAACGGAGAGCUGGAACCCAGGAGAACCACGCGAACCUGAGACGGAACGUUUCGGCACCGACACUGGAGGGCCAGUACAAAGAAAACACGAUCAUGACCGUCCGGAGGUAUUCCAUAUCCUCAAACGCAAUUCAUGUGCCCUGUAAGAGUGUGAGCUCGCAUAAAUAUCGGAGCGAUAGCGACUGGGCCAGACUGCGAGGAGAAGUGCAUGGACUCGGCCAUACGGCUACAGAGGACAGAGACAAAACCGAAGAAAAACCCGUAAACCGGCGCACGCUUCAGCACUGCGUCAACAAAGCCAGAGCCAAAGAGAAGACGGUCACAUUCCUGCUGCCUGUGGAUGACAUCUACACCAACCGGCCCUUUAUGGCAGACCACCUGAGCGACACAAGCCCGUGCGAUCUCCAGGUGAUAUCAGAAACAGAUUCGUGAGGCAGGAACAAACAAAAAGGACAAAUGAUACGGUCUCGCGUUUAAUCCAGAGCAGCUUUAUCACCCUACACUGCUGCUUUUUUCAGGUCACAGCGACGUUUGAUUUCUACACUUGACCUCUUCCAGACUGAGUCCAGUUACAGAUUCGGUUUCGUGAACUCAUUCUGCAUGUGGCUUCUCACUGCGUGGGCUAAUCAGGUGUCACAUCACAACGUGGCUUCUGCAAAUGGCAAGAUUCCCUUGAACAUAAAGUGUACUACAUAUGGUAUGGAAGCUGUGAUUGUACCUGAUCUGAUGCAGUUACAUAGAGCGUGAAGAAACAUUCAGCACUGAGACUGUAGGACUGACUGCCUGCUUCAAAGCAUAAAAAUCAAAUGAUCAAAUGAUCACUGGAUUUUUAGCACUGACCAAGUAUACAGUUGUAAAAUGUCUCAUAUUCUGAAGGUAGUGUUUUGUCGCGAUCAUAAAUGUGGGUAACAUCAGAGUGAAUUAUAUUAUAUUAAAUACUUCCAUGUGGGGUUGAAUUUCAAAUUACGAAUCUGAGUAUUGCCGUUACACAGUCUGUAACAUCAGGUGUAUUAGAGAAAGGGAAGAAUUUUUUUUUUAAAGUGAACAGCUGAGGUAAAUCAGGUGAAUUCUUGUUAUUCUGUUUACUGUACAUACUGUUUGUGUAAAUUCUCUAAACUCAAUUAUUUAAUUUCAGAGGAAUGUUUUGUAAUUUAUUAUCUUUCUAAUGUAUCUGCUCUUCCUUCUGUUCUUACAAAUAUAAUCAGAGUUGCCUGUAAUCACACAAACUGUAAAUCUAACGGUAUUUGGGACGUUCAUGUCCUAUUUUAUUAUGUCCGUAUACCUGAUGUAAGGGAAACCAGUGCUCCAUUGCAGACAAAAAUGUUAAAUAAAAUAAAUAAAUAAACCUUCUUCUUCAUCCUGUUCUUCAACUGUUCCUGUUAGGGGUCGCUACAGCGGAUCAUCCGUCUCCAUUAUGAAAAUCCGGUUUAUGAUAGGCAUAUUUGAUUUUUAUGCAGGCUUGGGACCGGCACUGUGAGAGCUUG